AUGCAACAGGUUUUCUGUCGCGAGCUCACGGGACUUCUGUCGCGCUUCCAGCUCGCGCCUUGCUCCAACCGUCCUGCCUGCGCAAUGAGCUCCAUCCUCUCCUGCAGAGACGCGCGCUUCGAUUGCGCCUACUCCGCCUCUACGUCGGCUCGCGCCACUGUUGACGUUUCCACAGCAACGCUCGUCUCCCUCUGGGACACCGGUCGUUGUUUGGGCGACGCGGGUUGCCAGCGCGAGCUCCCGCAGCUGGUUCCAGCACACGCAGCUCUGCAUGAAUCCAUCUGGUCGGACCAAAUGUCCCCUCACCUCCAGCGGAACAAGCAGCUUCAGGACACCUUGAUUCAGAAAGAAGAAGAACUUGCAAGACUCCAGGAAGAAAAUAACAAACUCAAAGAGUUUCUAAACUCUUCAUAUGUAAAGUCUCUUGAAGAAAGGUCAAAGAGGCUUUUCCCUGUUCAGAGAAAUGCAGAUGUGCAGCACAGGAAAAGAACUCUACAGGACGAGAGAGACUUCCUUAACGUGAGUCAGCUGCUGCAGGGCGGCGAGGGUAAGCGGACGUGCCGUAACCUCUCUCUGGAGUUCUGCACUGCCGACGAGGUGGCUGCCACACCUCCGCUGGACUCCUGGGUUCUGGAAACACUGGGACUACAGGAUGAGGACACGAUCAACACAGAAAGCAGUUUCAGCAGCCCGACAACAGAGCAUACAGCUUCCUUCAGCUCUCCAGCACAAAGUACCGACCACUUCAGCCCUGCGCUACGGGACAGUAGCAUGUACAGCCCUUAUUCGGACAGCCACUGCGAGUACAGCAGUGCCAUUGAGUCGUCAUGUGGCUUCAGCCACAUUAUGGACAAAAGCCCAGAUUAUUUGACUCUUGGCGCGUCACGGAUGUACACCGUCACGUCUACUGGCUCGCUUCAAGGUAUGGACGUUCCUACAAGUCACUUCACCCCUCCCAAGGCAGCGUCAACUCCCCAGCGGUCACACGUCCCGAGCUCUGAGCAGAACCAUUACAGCCAAGGCUUCUCCAGUCCAUCAGGGGACGAGGGGGCGACGUUCUCAACGCCGCACGCGACACGCAGCAGAAUGGACUUAGCGUUCAGUAUGUCGCUGAGUCCACAGAGCAGCGUCAAGACCCACUCGUUCCCACAAGGACAAGCUUUCACACGCAGAGACUCGCAAGGUGGAUGGAAUUUCACCUGGGUGCCUAAACAGUGUUCUUAAAAUAAAUAUUUCAAUGGAAUAUUAUUAAUGUAUUUAAACAAACAGUUCAGGGACGCCAUGAAU